ACAGAAUCCCUUCAAGACUCUUCUCCUCGCAUCUUCUUCUUCUCUCAUCUUUUCAACUUCCCCCAUUUCAGCCAAACACAUCACACAACAAACGUCCAAGAUGGGUGAUCCACAGAGCCUUGGCCAGCAGCUUGCUGACAUGACCCUUGGUCCCAACGGCGGACACGCCCAAGUCCCCAUGUCCAAACCGCCAAACCGGUACGUUCCUCCCCACCUGCGCCAUCAGGCCGCGCCACCGCCGCAGAUGCAAAUGCAGGCGCAGAUGAUGAUGGCUCCACCACACGCGCCUCCUCAGGGCCAGCCCCAGCAGGUGUGGGCUGCGCCGCCUGUUGACCAGCGGCAGAUGUACGCUGCGCCCCCGCAGCACCAGCCCGCGCCCGGCGCCGUCUACCAGCCGCCUCACGGCGGUGGCUGGAACACAGGCGGCAGCUGGGGUGGCUACCAGCAGCAACCGCGUGGCGGUUACGAUCGCUUUGGUCGUGGCGGCGGCUACUCCCGCGGCUUUGGCGGCGGCGGUCGCGGUCGCGAUCGUGGGGGUGACCGUUUUGGUCGCCCAGGCGGCUACGGCCGACGCGGAGGCCGCGGUUUCUCCUCGCAGUACGACCGCCCCGGCGAGGACUGGACGGAGAUGCUCCCUGCCGACGAGCGCCUCGAAGGCGAGCUGUUCAGCGGCCAGCUGACAGGCAUCAACUUUGACAAGUACGACGACAUUCCCGUCUCCGCCACCGGCACCGAGGUUCCGGAGCCCGUGUCGGACUUUUUCGACUGCGGCCUGGCGGAUGUGGUGACCAACAACCUGCGCCUGGCUGGCUACACCAAGCCCACGCCCGUGCAGAAGUACUCCAUCCCCAUUGUGACUGCCCGCCGCGACCUCAUGGCGUGCGCCCAGACGGGUUCCGGCAAGACAGCCGCUUUCCUCGUCCCCAUCAUCAGCCGCGUGCUGGAGACGGGCCCUGUGGAGGUCCCAGAGACGGCCCGCCGCAUGGAGGGCAAGCAGUUCCCCGUGUGCCUCAUCCUCGCCCCAACGCGCGAGCUGGCCUCGCAGAUUUUCGCCGAGGCGCGCAAGUUCGCCUACCGCGCCAAGAUCCGCGCCUGCUGCGUGUACGGCGGCACGGACUUCCGCAGCCAGUUCCGCGACCUGCAGCGCGGCUGCCAGGUGCUGGUUGCCACCCCCGGCCGCCUUGUCGACCUGCUCGAGCGCGGGCGCAUCGGCAUGGACGCCAUCCGCUUCCUCGUGCUCGACGAGGCCGACCGCAUGCUGGACAUGGGCUUUGAGCCCCAGAUCCGCCGCAUUGUCGAGCAGGACACCAUGCCCCCACCCGGCGUGCGCCAGACGCUCAUGUUCUCCGCCACCUUCCCCAAGGACAUCCAGGUGCUCGCGCGCGACUUCCUGCACGACUGCGUGUCCAUCUCCGUGGGGCGCAUCGGCUCCACCACGGAGAACAUCUUCCAGAAGGUGUACUGGGUGCAGGAGCACGAGAAGCGCCAGACGCUGCUGGACCUCAUCUCCGCCGCCAGCGAAAAGGAGCUCGUCCUCGUCUUUGUCGAGACGAAGCGCGGUGCCGACGCCCUGGAGGACUUUCUCAUCCACCAGCAGUUCCCGGCCUCGUCCAUCCACGGCGACCGCACCCAGGAGCAGCGCGAGCGCGCCCUGGCCAGCUUCCGCGACGGCUACACGCCCAUCCUCGUCGCCACCGCCGUCGCUGCCCGCGGUCUCGACAUCCCCAACGUCAAGCGCGUCAUCAACUUUGACCUGCCCUCGGACAUUGACGAGUACGUGCACCGCAUUGGCCGCACGGGCCGCGUCGGCCACAAGGGCCAGGCCAUCUCCUUCUUCAACGACAAGAACGCCAACGUCGCCCGCGACCUGCUCGACACGCUGCGCGAGUGCAAGCAGGAGGUCCCCGACUGGCUGGAGGACUUUUCCCGCCGUGCCCGCGGUGGUCGUCGUGGCGGCGGCGGGCGCCGGGGCGGUCGCAGCGGUGGACGCGGCCGUGGUGGCGGUCGCGACUACGGCAGCCGUAACGGCGGCGGCGGCGGCGGCUUCAGUGGUGGCUAUGGCGGCGGCAACUUUGGCGGCCCAAGCUACGGUGGCGGUUUCGGCGGUCCCAGCUACGGCGGCGGUCGCGGUUUUGAUGCCCCACGCUAUCCAAGCGGCGGCAACGCCAGCAGCGGUAGCAGCUACAUGCCUCGCCAGCCCCAGCCCGCCUCCUCGGGCAAGGACUGGUGGUAAACCACGCAGCCGUGGCGGGUUGGCGCUCCACGAUGCCACCUCUGGUGCGCUGUAGUGUAACUCCCCCUCCCCACCGACCUUGUUUUCAUCUGGAAUCUGUUUUGUUUGUUUUUGUUCCUCGUUGUGCGAUCACGUGACAGACCCCCUUCCAUCGCCACCCAUCCUUCUUGUUGUGAAUGUUUGUUGACUUUCUCUCUCUCUCUUGUUUUUGUGUUGUGUUGUUUGUUUCCCUCCCCUUCCUAUAGCCAUGUCCAGGGAUUGUUGUUUGAGAGGUUUUGUUCUUCUUGUUUGUCUCUGUUCCUUCUGACACGCGGUGACGGCGCCAAGGUGUUGGAUGUUGUGUUUUCCUGUUUGUGCCGAUGUUUGGGUUUCCUUCGUCUUGCGCCCGUUGCUGUCGUUUGACUGCGUCCGCCGCCGUGUGUUACCGACACCCUAAGCUCUUUUUAUCUUCUUGCCCGCCACAGUCGCUGGCAUUGCGCCUCGUACUUGCUGCUAUUCACUCUCUCGUUAGCUUGAUUAGGUGUGCCGCAGCGCGUGUUGUCUCGUCUCUCUCCACACGAGCAACACUGCUGCUGCUGCGUCACACAUGCACCCAUGAGGCGUGGUGCUUCUUUCCUCUCGUCAUUUUAUUCGAUUGUUAGGCUGUGGCAUGCGAGAUGCUGCUCCGUGCUCUCUCCUCUUCUUCCGAGAAGGCACUAGGUAUGGAGCGUCAGUGUGUGGGGUGUUGUGCCGUUUCCUCUCCCUUUUCUCUUUUGGGUGUUGUUUGCCCGUCCAUUGUGUCGCUUGUUGUCCUCUUCAUUUGACGUCUGGUCUGUCCCUUGCGUUGCCCUUCUCAACAAAGCCCGUCUGUCACUUUCGUUGGUCUGUCGUUGCAUCCUUUGUUUGUUUCGUUGUUUCGUUUGCGUGUUGGUGUUGUUGUGUGCGUUUGCACGGUGGGUUGUUGUGGCCGAGAGCGUGUUGCACGCCCCUUCUUGCCCUCCACAACUCCUCCUCGUCAUGCCCUCUCCCCUGUUGUAGCGUCUUUCACUCCCUUGACAGACAGAUGCAGCAUGGGAUUCGCUCAUGUGCGCGCCCACCGUUUGGUCGUGAUUUUGCUUGUGCUCGUCGCCAUAAACAAUUGUUUGUUCGUCUA